AUGGCUAUUCAUCGCCUGCCAACAAUAUCAGUGUUAGUGAGCAUAUUAUGUUUACUCAUCAUACCUGCAAUACAAGCGGAAAUACGCAGUCGCCCCUCAAAAAGUGUUAGUGCAAAAAGUAAUAGCAUUCACGAUGGCCAUAACACACACAAAUCGACGAGCAAUAAUCCAGCUGAUGAUGAUAGCGCAUCGAGUACGUCCAAGACAGGUUUUGCAGCAUCCUCACAGCCGCGACCAGUAAAUACGGAUUUCGUCGAUAAAAUGUCUUGGAAAUGUGCCAACAAUGCCAGUUGUCUGUACAAUAUGGCCAGCGGUAUUAUCAAUUCUUAUCGUCGUGGUGAAACAGUCCAUUUGGGAUUCUUAGAUUUGGUUAAAUUGCCACCGUCCAAGAAGACCAAAUCGAAAUGGAAUGCGACGGAAACCGGUCGUAGCAUAUCCACAUUUGUGGAUUUUAUUAGUGGUAAUGCUAUACGGAUACCGGUUGGUCCCAUGGUCUUCAGUGUGCAACGUGAUGAGGAUGAUGCCAACUACAUUGAAAUUGCUCUGCUGAAGAAGGCGACCAGUAGUACAGGUAUAUUGUUGAUUGUCUCUCGUCACGGCAUAUUAGGUGGAGGUGGUGAUGGCGGAGGCGGUUUGCUUGGUGGCAGCGGAAGCGGCGGCGGUGGCCAUGGACAUGGAAUUAUUCAUCGUUUUAAGGAACGUCACGAAAAGGAGGACAAGAAACAAAUGCAAAUGUAUGUGCCUAUGUAUUUGGCGGCAACAACUUUUGGUUGGACAUUGGUAGCUGCCAAAUUUGUUGGUCUGUUGACACUCAAAGCUCUGGCCAUUUCCAAAAUAGCAUUUGUUGUAGCGGCUAUGGUAUUGAUGAAAAAAUUAAUGGAUAAUGCUUCAGAAAAAAUGAUGUACCAAUACCCCGAACAUUCACCAUAUAUGAUGCCCUAUAGCAUGGAUUAUGGUAUACAUUCAAUGGCAGCGGGUCCAGCUGAUAUGGGAGGUUCUGAUAUGUAUGCUGGUGGUUUGCCAAUACAUGCUGCUGCUGUGGCCCCACUGGGUGGCCAUCCCGGCCAUCCGGGCCUGGAACAUUAUGCAGCUGAAAGUUCGGUACAUCAAAAUAUUGCAGAAGCCCAAAAUAAUACCCAAGUAUUGGCUGCGCUCAAUGCAGCCGGUUUGGGACAAAAAGUUAAACGUGAAGACUCGUGGUUGGGAAGAACACCCCACCUAAAGCACUUCUAUAAACCUGGAUUCUUUUCAAAGAAUGACAAUUUUAAUUUAAGAAAAAAAUAUGAAUUAUCUUCAUUGAAUAUUUAUGAUGAUCUUAUAAAAGUUGCCGCCGUAGCAGCUGCCGAAGUUGUCGAAGAGAAUGAGAAACGUUUACAAUGGAAGGCCAACUUACUUGGCAUGGAUGUCGAAGAUGUCGAGGAAGAGGAGGAAGAAGAUCAUAUAUUCAAUGAAGAAGAAAGUAUAAAGGAUACUUUGGAAUAUUUAGGCAUGGAUAUACGCAAAAGAAAAAGUAAUUGGUAG